GUGUGUGUGUGUGAGCAGCAGCUCUCACGCGUUUAACAGUCGCUCACAACAUGGCGAUGAAGCGCGCAGAGACACGACGGCUUUCCCCCGACUGAAAAGCGGGGACUCUGUUUGUAUGCUGCUUACCGGAGACCUCCUCCUGCGUUUACCGGGACACAGCGCGUGCGAGGACUUUACGAGGACGUUAUUACGGAUCGUGUCGAUUUGACCGCAUGUAGCUUUGCCUAUUUUUUCUUUUUCUUUUUUUUUUUUUUUUAAUUUCCUCUCGGGUGGGAGAAAAAAAAUCAAAAGGAGGAUGUCCAUGGCGCUGAAUACCUGGCUCUUCUGUCUGCUUUCGAUAUUCUGCUGUGGACUGACCGUGCAAGAAAAUCCCAUGUCUGUGGAGCUGAGCUGUGGUGCUGGUCCCAUCCACGUGGUCCUGGAGCCUCCUCGUCCUCUGCUGCUGGACUGCCACCUGGGGAGCGCCGAGACCCCGCUCAACGUCACCUGGCUCCAGGACGGGGCGGUGCUGAGCCAGAGCGAGACCGUCCGACUGCUUCCCAACGGCUCCCUGCUGCUCCUGCCUUCGCUCCGUGACGAGAAAGCGUCAGCAGGAAUGGAGGGAGCGUACAGCUGUCUCAGCGGGAGCUCCUUCGGGACCCUCACCAGCCGCAGCGUCACUCUGCAGCAUGCCAGACUUUCUCCUUUCCUCCGGGACCCCGAGCCUCAGGUCGUCCCAGCAGGGGGAACUGCACGCUUCGAGUGCCACAUAGACGGUGUACCUGCUCCCAGCAUCACCUGGGAGAAAGACCACAUGCCGCUUCCUGUACCUGCUGCAUCAGUCAGUACACCCAGCAGGUUUGUAACACUUCCAAACGGCAUCCUGCAGAUUUUAGACGUCACGGCAAACGACGGAGGUCUGUACCGCUGUGUAGCAUCUAACUCCGCUCACACGCUCUACAGCCAAGAGGCUUCACUCACCGUUACAUCAGGUCCCUCGGAGGACAGUGAGGUGAUGAUUGUUGCUCCUCCACGAGACUUGACGGUGGUUUUGGGACGGCCUGCGGUGCUGGAGUGUAUGGCUCAUGGACAACCAAAACCUUUCGUGUCCUGGAGUAGACAAGAUGGGAAGCCGAUUGCUGCAGAUGUGCUCGUCCUCGCCACCAACCUCAUUAUACCUCACACCCUCAGUCAUCACGCUGGAGUCUAUGUGUGUCGCGCUAACAAACCCAAAACGCGAGAGUUCGUCUCGUCCUCCGCUGAGAUCCGAGUGCUGGCCCCUCCGGUGAUAGUGAAACCUCCUGAGUCAGUCUCACUGUCUCAGGGGAACACGGCGAGGUUUGUGUGUAACAGUUCUGGUUCUCCGGCUGUGUCUCUGCUGUGGCUGAAGGACGGUGAGCGUCUGCAGUGGACAGCGCGUGUGAAGACUCAGAGCCCCGGGGUUCUUCUCAUCAACCAGCUGCGACCGGAAGACGCCGGGUAUUACCAAUGCCUCGCCUCCAACGUCCUGGGCACUGCCUGUGCCACUGCCAAACUGUCCGUCAUUGUGAGGACGGGGCUUCCCAGUCGUCCGCUUCACUUCCAGGCCACGGCUCAGUCCAGCACCUCCGUCCUGCUCACGUGGGAUCCUCCAGAGCACAACCGCGAGCUGGUCAUCGGCUUCUCCAUCCACUACCAGCGUGCCACAGCAGGGUUCGAUAACAUGGAGUAUCAGUUUGCGGUGAACAACGACACAACGGAGUUCCACGUGAAGGAGCUGCAGCCUCACACGGCCUACACCUUUUUCAUCGUGGCUUACUCGCCCAUGGGGCCCAGCCCUCAGUCUGAGUCCAUCACCGUGGAGACUGUGGAGGACGUAGAAGAUGUGUUCUCAGUGGAGUUGGAUGGUAAUGAGACUCAGGUGACUCUGAGAGAUCCGAAGCCCAAUCACACAAACCAGAUGCAGACGGCUGCAGGAACACGUGCGGGUUUGGGUGAGCCUUCAGAGUGGACCUUUCCUCAAACGCCCAACCUUACUCAGGUGCUCUUUCCUCCAGCUGAGCUCAGAGUGACGGCUAAGAUGCAUUCCCUCCAUGUCACAUGGCAGCCGCCACCCAAUCACACGCAGAUCACCGGCUACAAGCUGGCUUAUCGGGAAGCGGAUGGCGAGGAAGCGGCCAAUCAGGAGAGUCCUGCGGCUGGCGCUCUGCACAUCAGGCUACGCAAGCGAGUAAAGCAUUACGAAAUCACGGGCCUCGCUCCUGAUCGCCUAUAUGAAGUGAAACUGUGGGCAUGUAAUAAGCAGGCUGAAGGCUUUCCUGCCAUAUGGAAGGGUCGGACUGAGAAAUUCACUGAUCGAGUUCAACCCCUGGACCACCCACCCCCACUGCCCCCCAGCAUCAUUAAAGCCAAGGCUAACAGCUCCACCUCCAUCUGGCUGCAGUGGGAGAAACCGGCGUUCAGUAACGUACGCAUCAUUAACUACACCAUACGCUGCAGUCCUGCUGGCAACCGCAACGCCUCCCUCGUCUCCUACUACACCAGCACGUCUCAGGAGAUGCUGUUAGGGGCACUGAAACCCUUCACCCACUACGAACUGGCCAUCCAGUCCAACGGCAUCGGAACGGGUGGACCCUUCAGCAGCACGGUGGAAGAGUCCACACUCGCUGACCGACCCUCAUCUCCACCUACAGACCUACAGCUGAGCGCCAUAGACUCCUUCACGGUGUUGGUGAGCUGGCGCCCCCCUCUGGAGCCUAACGGCAUUAUCGUAAGCUACCGAAUGCUCUACAGCGGCAACCUCAGUCAGCCGGAUGACCUGUGGACCAACCUGAGCCAUGACGGAUCUGUCACCAGCACAGAGGUUCUGGGUCUGAUGAGUGGGACACGGUACUACUUUAAGAUGGGGGCGUGUACGGAGGUUGGUAUGGGGCCAUUCUCUCCGGUCAAGGAUGUACACACCCCCCCGAAGAAAUACGAACUGGACAUUCAUGCCUUCACUGGGAUCAUCGUCGGCGUGUGUCUCGGCCUUCUCUGCAUCCUCGUCUGCAUGUGUGUUAGCUUUCGCAAUGGAAAAAGCCGUGACGCCCCUGGAGUGUUGGAACCCGGUCUGUUGAACCCACAGUACCGCAGGAGCACUCAUCCUGCACCCGCUGUCAUACCUAACUGCACAGACUGCCACGAACUGGAGAGUCUAAUGCCCCCUGGAGGCCAGGACCCGGUUCUGCCCGUGACUGAACCUAAUGAGCAGCAUAGCCUCAUGGGUAAUUCAGGGGGAGGUUAUGAUGCACCAACAGAUCUGAAGCCAAGCUGGAACGGUUCUGUGAGCCGGGAGUGGGCGAGUCGGAUCAGCACCUACAGAGAGACCGGAGCGGAGAACUCGGUGUGUCUCGUUAACGGAGCUCAGGAUGCUAACGAGGGAAAGAACAAUCGUGAGGAUCAUCCGCAAUCUCUCGGCUCGAACCAGGUGGAGGCUGACGUGAUCGUACACUCUGAGCUGUCUGAUACUGCGGAGGAGGCUGAGGAGCUUCAGAGUGACGCCGAUCUCUCUCCUGUUUCACACGUCCCUUGCAGAGAUGACGCUUCACCUUCUUCAUUAUCCUCAAUCAAACCUGACACUGAAAUCCAUCCCUCAUCUCCGUGCAACCUCAACCACUUACUGGCCAAUCACAAUGGGCCGCUGGAGAACGGGCUGGCCCAGCUGACUCUGGGAGGUGCUACAGAAGACGGGGUAUCCCCCGAGCACCUCCAACCUGCUUUAGAGAACGGAGAUCACAGACUCCACCCUUCAAAGCAGGCUCUGUCUCAGAUAGGACUGUCGGCUUCCCCUCCAGCCUUCCCUAAGUCCGGCCUCGUCCACUCUACCUCAGGUGCGCACAGCUACCUGUGCUCCUAAGCAUUAAACCAAGAGGAGGAAAUGAACCGUGAUGCCAAUAUUCCAACAUAUUGUUUUAUAAAGUGUGUACAUACAGAAUAUUUUUUUAGCUCUAGAAACCAUGGGUAUGCGUUUUUUUGUCCCUUUUUUUUUUUUAAAUAGUGUGCAUGUAUUGUAUGUAUUCAGUUAGUAUACAUGGAUACAUGCACAUGUGAUAUAAAUAGUAUAUAUAAAUAUUGUACAUUCGGACUUUUCUUACUCUGGAGACGGAAUCAGAUGCGAGUGUGUGUGAAGAUCAGAGCAGAACACGGGUCUAGUCCACACUAACCUGGAGACACUUUAUUGAGAUCCCUUUGUUUACUCGUUUUUUGACCACGGACAAUGUGAAAAAUGAUUUUUCCUACCUUUUAAAGAAACACUGACAUGUAAUUGUCACGUCAGCUCCACAGUUCCAGACCACAGAACUUCUAAUGAUGCUUUUUUCCCCUCUAUAUUUUAACGGAGGAAACGGUGAUGUGCUAAGAAACAAAAUAGCCAACAUCAUUUAAAGCCCAGAGUAAUAUUUUCCGUUUUUUUUUUGUUUUUCGUUGCCAAAAAACGUAAAAUUUCAAUUUUCUCUUUUGAAAUUGAACGUUGUGUUAGUGUGGACUCGACCGUAGUCAGAUGAUCUGAGUUGACUGAUUAGAGAUUAGCAUCUGCAUCUGCAAAGCAGCCGUAGAUUUACAGCAAGAGAUUCCACAAUUCUGCCACGCACGACAGACCUCUCAGGGUUAAAACACACAAACACACAUACAUACAUACAUACACAAACACACAAACACACACGUUCCUGGAAGCUACACCUUCACUGACUUUCCGUUAAGCUUGAUGUCUUAUAUCAGUUUCUUUUCUUCCUCCCUCUCUCUCUCUCUCUCUCUCUCUCACACACAAACACACACACAACCGCAAUUUCUGUUUGCACCUCGGGUGAAAAUAGGGAACUGCAUUAGCACCCGGUUGGUGUUAGCAAUAUACAUGUUUACCCUGUUGUUAGCUAGCAUGUGUGACGAAACCAGUCUAAAAUCCUUAAUCUAUUUGAUUAAACACCCGGUUUUUAGCGCUAGCACGACAAUUAUUAUUAGCAGUACUACUUCACAAUAUAAUGGCUUAAUCCUGGUUAGCUUUCUGCCGAACAUUCCUACUGCUUUCAAUCGUAAAUAUAAUAGUUAUAGCCAAAUAUUUGCUAGCGUCCUAGCUAGAUUUAAUUACACAAUAUAAUACUUAGCUUGCUAGUGAAUUUUACUGCUAGUUUUAAUUGGCACAACACUAGUUUAAUUAAUGUUAGCUAUCUUGUUAGCUACUUUGGUUCACAAUACAGUAGUCACACUCAUCCUAGCUAGCAAACGGUGCUGCUGGUUUUCAAUUCCAGGCUAAUAUUAGUCAGCUUGCUAGCGAAUCUCUACUACACAAGAAGUUUACUUCAUGAUAGCUAGCUUAUGUAAGCUAAGAAGCUCAUUAUGGUGUAACUAACACAGAGAUUUUAUGCUAAGUGCUACAUUCAAGCAAAAAAGAAGUGAAAAUGAAGGAUUUGGUUAUGUUUUUGCGAUUCGUUUUUCUGUUUCUGUGGUGGCAGUUAGCGGCUAAUCCUAAUUUCACCCGGAUGCAAACGGACGGUCGGAUAAAUGACAUUCCUCGGCAGGAGUUUCUCAGGAGUUUUAUGUAAAUAAUGAUGAGGAACUGCUGAGAAAAGAUGGACAUGUCUACUGUACAUGUAGUCUGUUUAUUUUGAAGUAAUUUGAUCAGUUUAGCGGGAGAACCUAAAGCAUGUUUGAGGGUGCUUCAUACAUCUACUCCUCCCAGCCACUACCUCAUUUCUUUAAAAUGGAUCCUAUAUUUUUCUUUUGUGAUUUCAUUUUCAGGAAUAAUUUAUAAUUCAAGGCCAAUUUUGUGUCUGUGGGUUUAUAAAGAUUGUGAUUGGUAACUUUUAGCACUUGCAGAAGCCUCUGGCUCUUUUCGUCUUCUGUCCAUCACGUCACGGCUCGCGAUGACGGUUAGCGUUACACCUGACGCACUCGUGAAUGAAUGAACGCCGCUUGCAGUAUAACGGCGCGGAUUUUCCCGCUUUAUCCAUAAGAGGUUAUCUUGCGCAGAGGACUUUCUGAUCGACGGGAAACACGUCCAUGCCUCGCCUCGCCUCGCCGCGCCGCACACAUCUUCUCUCAGGGAGCUCUGAACACACACCUGCUGUGCAGAAUCCGAAAAGAAAGAUAAAAGAAGAAAAGCAAACACGUCUGUUCCACUCUGUUCCUGCAGCCAUAAUUCCUUUUAUUUUCUUUGUUCUUUAUCUUGUUCUUCCUCACCGGUGAUGUGUCCCCCCCCUAUAACUUUCUCUCUCUAUCAAUUUCUCUCCCUCUUGAUCACUUUCAAUUUCUCUCUCUGUUAAUCUCUCUCCAUCUCUCCCCUCUCUCUCUGUCUCUCUCCCUCUCUAUCACUUUCUCUUACGGUCUUUCUCCCUCUCUCUCUCUCUCUCUCUCUCUCUCUCCAUCUCUCUCUUAUUCUCUCCCUAUCUCUCCAUAUAUGUCCCUCUAACCCUAUUUCUCUCUCUCUCUCACCCUCUCACCCCCCCCUCUCUGUCUCUCUCUCUCUCUCUCUCCCGCUCCCCGUCUCUCCCUGCCCCCUCUCAUUCUUUCUCUUUUUCUCCCUCUUUCUCUCUAUCUCUCCCUAUCUCUCUCUCUCUCUCGCCCCCUCUCCCCCCUCUCUCCCUCUCUCUCCCGCUCCCCUCUCCCUCCCUCUCCCUCCCUCUCUCUUCCUCUCAGCCCCCCCUCCCUCUCUCUCUCAUUCUUUCUCUUUUUCUCCGAAUCUCUCCGAAACCAUUUUUCCUGUAUAUGCAUUGAAGCGGUUAUUUAAAGCCUAUUGUAUUUUUUUCUCUCCUUUUCUUAAAGCCUUUUAUUUCUGACAUGUUCAUUAUUUUAUUAGGAAGGAUUUUUACUGAAAUGCUGAUGCUCCUCUCCUACGUCAGACUGAGGAAUCUGACUUUCUGUCUUCAUUCGAUGACCAGUUCUGCUGUUUCCUUUUCUUUUUUUUAUACUACAUAUUAUACUUAGAUUAAUAUUAGAAAUCUUACAACUACAAUGAAGUCAUGGUGUAUAUAAAUAUCUAUCUAUAUAUCUAUAUAUCGGCUAAAAGCUCAAUAUUACAUCAGGGUGUCAUUUGAUUGUCCACCAACCACAGGGUCCAGAGCCAGGUAUUAAUAUUCUAGCUCUUAGCUGAGUGCAAAAGUUAGUGCACCCCUAGAUUUGGGGUUAGGGAGAUUUUGUGUUCUUUAAAUGAUGUUUGUCCUCUGAAAAUAAUUUUAAAUGAAAGUUUACUUCCAAAUUAAUUUAUUUAUAUAUUUACUAUAAUUUCCAGUUUAUUAUUCGUAGUUAUCCGUUACGCUUUAUCAUGACAGCGACUAUAUUAAAUCUACACAGGAAGUUGUACAAAGCUGCGUCCCAAAAAUCCACACUACGCAGUUACACUAUGCACUACUUACUAUAGCGUCUAUUUUUCCAUUUCGGACAUUUCAAUGGAUUUAUUUAUUUCUAGCAUUUAUUCCUAGUCUAGUGUAGGAAUGUUAGCCUCCUUGGUGGUCCAGUGGCAGGAGACCGUGCUCUUGUUGCUGCAGCCCUGGUUAAAUACCCGGGCAGGGCAUUAACCUAGCCUCUGAAGAGUUAACUGUCAGUGCCAGUCCCAAGCCCAUGGUUAAAUGGGAGGGUUGUAUUAGGAAGGGUAUCCGGUGUUGAACCUGCGCCAAAUCAGAACACGCAGACCCGAUGAUCUGCUGUGGCAACCGUGAACAGGGAUCAGCUGAAACAACAACUUAUCUGAUUUUUCCUUUAUGCAACUGAGGGUUAAGGGCCUUGCUCAGGGGCUGUAGUAGUGGCAGUUUGGUGGACCCGGGAUUUGAACUCACAACCUUCUAAUUGGCGGUCCAACACCUUAACCACAUCCCCUCAACAACUUCUUGAGCAAUGUCCUUCCUCUUCUUCUUCUUGUUCAAUGUGAACACACUUUAUACCGCACACUGGAUUGAAACAGUGUGUUUGGGACGCAGCUAAAGUCUUCUUUAUCCCACACUUGGUGCUCUUUAAUUCUGAUGACAAGGUUCAGUUUUUCUAGAACAGCAGCUCAGACAGUUGCAAAGCUUCAAAUAACAGAUUUAUAUUAAUUCUCUCAUUCGAAUACGUUACCGUUUCCAUAGCAACAGCUCAUUCGCAGAGAUGGACUCACGACGUAAUCUCGGACUAAGAAAUAAAAUUUUAAAUGUGUUGAUAUUUAACAAAGAAGCAAGAACACAAUAACAGAUCCAAAAACACAAGGACGAUUCAGACAAAGCGGAAAAGGUAGGUAUAGUUUUUGCGAUUGGAAUUCUUCCCUCUGAUUGGACGAGACAUGGGUCACUCAGGAUGUACAGGAAGUCCAGCAGUAGCUGCAGCAGUAGAAAGUGGAUUGGUGUGUGUAUGAACACAGCUCUGCUCUUAUAGCGCUCCUUACAUCCUUUAAUCUGGAAUAGUUUGGUCUUCAGAACAUUCCUGCGUUCUUCAGGUGUGUUUUUAGAGAUCGCAAACUAAUCUUUACUCCAUGAUACACCAUCAGUAUAUCCAACAUCACACCAUAUGAACCUCCUUCAUCAGAGUAGAGCUGAAUGAAUUUUAUUUUUGUUAUUUUAUUUAAUUUAAUUUAAAAUAAUGGUUUAAAGUGAAGGCAGAACUCCCCACAUGUACAAGAAACACAGUUUCCUACUUCCUGUAGAUCCUGAGUGACUGAUGUCUCGACCAGUCAGAGGGAAGAAUUCCAUUCGCAAACUAUACCUACCUUUUCCUCUUUGUCUGAAUUCUCCUUGUUUUUUCGGAUUUGUUAUUGUGUUUUGUACUUCUCAGCCACCGUAGAUGGAAGAUUGAUGUUGGUUUUAUUUAAACAUUAAUGGAAGGAGUCUCCAGUGUUAGCCGUUUGUAACGGGAACAGGAACUGCUGUAACUUGUUUUUAUUUUUUUUUCUGUCUUGUUAGCAUAUUAACAGAGAAUAAAGGGAAACUGGUGGCUGUUUAUUUACAGCUGCUGUAACGUAAGUGAGAACAGGAACUUGUGUCGCUUCCAAAACAUUAACUAUAACUAUAAAUAAAUAAAAGUACAACACAACAUUGUUUAAUAAAUUAAAAAUUGUAAUCAUUGACAAAUUGUUUCUAAGAGGAAUAAAACAUUUUCGGACAAGCUGUUAAUGGAAAAGAAUAGAACUUCCCUCCUCGUGUUUUAUUUCUUUUUUAAUAUUUAUUUUAAAACUUAUUUUAAAGGAAUGCUGAACGUGAUGCUUUGUUAAUGUUAAUUAAUGUGUUAAAAUUUAUUUAAAAUUAAUUAAGUUUCU